UAGAUGGAUAAAAAUAUUGUAUGCAUAUAAUGUGGCAUUCAGCCUUAUUUGGCACAAUAUGGAUGAGCCUGAAAGACCCAUUGAGUGAAAGGAGCCAAUCAAAGGAACAAAGUACUGUAUGACCUCAUAUGGCUAAAAAAAAGCUAGUCAAGCAAACAAAAGUGGAGUAGAACCAGUUGUACCCAGGGGAGAAGGGGAAGAGGAAAUAGGAAGAACUAGGUUGUAUGUUUCUAUUGACAGUUAGAUAAAAUGCACAGUGAUUUCAUGUAAUACGUAAGGGAAGCAGCCAAUAAUUACUACUAUGGUAAUAUAAUUGAAAACUUUCUACAAAGUAGACUUUUGGUGUGUGUGUGUGUGUGUGUGUGUGUGUGUGUGUGUGUGUGUGUGUGUGUGUUGUGAGUAGAAUGAACCGAAGGCCUUGCACAUACUGGACAAAUUAUCACUGAGCUGUAUGCCUGUUCUUUAGCAUCUGGGUAUAGCAUAAUAAUAAAACUCAUUGCAAAGGGAGUGAAUGGACAGAUUUAGGUUCUCCCUUCUAGAACCCCAAGAAGCACAACCUUGCUUGAAAGAAAAAGUAACUGGUGUAAGGUGGUGGAUUAUGUCCCUUUGUUUGACUAUAGUGAUCACUUAAAUAUGUAUAUCAGAGUAUCAUAUUGCAUACUUUAAAUAUCAUCAAUAAAAAUAAAAAUUCAAGGGGGCUGGAGAGAUGGACCAGCAGUUAAGAGCACUGGCUGCUCUUCCAGAGGACUCGGGCUCAAUUCCCAGUACCCACAUGGCAGCUUACACAUGGCUUCUGACAUCCUCACAUAGACAUACAUGGAAACGAAACACCCAUGAACAUAAAAUAAAAAUAAAUUUAAAAUAUUUAAAAACAACUCCCCAUACUGGUUAAUUUAGGACAGAUAGAGCAAUAGCUUUACAUGCCAUGCCUGUGUGAAAGUUCUGCUCUCGUGGUGGUGGUACACAUCCUUCCGGUCCAGCUCACUGUGUGGUCCUCAGGGCAGUGGGUCUGUAUGCUGAAGUCCCUGUUCCAUCCCUCCCAGCAGCAUAUGCCUGAACUCUGGCUAGCUAACUCUGAAAAUCCUCUGUCUGCUCUGGGUUAUUGUAUUUCUUCAUCCCAAAUGGUAACAAGCCAAAUUGUGACGGAAGCAGCUGUUGUUUCUGGACUGCCAGCUGCUGAGGAAUGAGGAAGAUAAUCCAGAGACGUGGCUCUUCUGCAGAGACUGAGCAAGAUGGUGGAAUAGUCGGCAAUCAACACUCUUUCCCCAAGAGAAUCAUCCAUCUAAACAACUGCCCACACAAGAAAACACUGCCACAGGAGCUAAAGAAAUCAGGAAUCAUUUUCAGCAAUGGGAUGAAAUGGAAGGAGAUCCGGCGUUUCUCCAUCAUGACCCUGCGGAAUUUUGGGAUGGGGAAGAGGAGCAUUGAGGACCGUGUACAAGAGGAAGCACGGUGCCUUGUGGAGGAACUGAGGAAAACCAAAGGCUCACCCUGUGAUCCCACCUUCAUCCUGGGCUGUGCUCCCUGCAAUGUGAUCUGCUCCAUUAUUUUCCAGAAUCGUUUUGAUUACAAAGAUCAAGAAUUUCUUAAUUUGAUGGAAAAAUUUAAUGAAAACCUCAGACUCUUGAGCACCCCAUGGAUACAGGUCUGCAAUACUUUCCCUGCCAUAAUUGAUUAUUUACCUGGAAGUCAUAACCAAGUACUUAGAAAUUUUUCCUAUGUAAAAAAUUAUGUUUUGGAGAAAGUAAAAGAACACCAAAAAACACUGGACAUGGACAAUCCUCGGGACUUCAUUGAUUGUUUCUUGAUCAAAAUGGAACAGGAAAAGCACAAUCCAAAGUCUGAGUUUACCAUGGAAAGCUUGGUGGCGACUGUCACUGACAUGUUUGGAGCUGGAACAGAAACAACAAGUACCACUCUGAGGUAUGGACUCCUGCUGCUGCUGAAACACGUGGACAUCACAGCCAAAGUCCAGGAAGAGAUUGAACGUGUGGUUGGCAGGAACAGGAGCCCCUGCAUGCAGGACAGGAGCCACAUGCCCUACACAGAUGCUGUAGUGCAUGAGAUCCAGAGGUACAUUGACCUCAUCCCCAUGAACCUGCCUCAUGCAGUGACCUGUGAUGUUAAAUUCAGAAACUACUUCAUCCCCAAGGGUACCACUAUAAUAACAUCACUGACAUCCAUGCUGCAUGAUGACAAAGAAUUUCCUAAUCCAGAGAAGUUUGACCCUGGCCACUUUCUGGAUGAGAGUGGCAACUUCAAGAAGAGUGACUACUUUGUGCCCUUCUCAACAGGAAAGCGGAUGUGUGCAGGAGAAGGCCUGGCCCGAAUGGAGCUGUUUUUGUUCUUCACCACCAUUCUACAGAACUUUAACCUGAAGGCUCUAGUUGAUGUAAAGGACAUUGAUACCACACCAGUUACCAAUGGAUUGGGCCAUGUGCCCCCUUUGUACCAGGCUCGCUUUAUUCCCGUGUAAAGGGCAGACUCUAUACUCCCAAUCUGCAUCUUCUCUUCUUUGAGGGUAUUGUUCAUUUCAUUUCUGGUACUGUAGUUGCUUUCUCUCACACUUCCCCACUCCCUUGAGAUCCCGUGAACAGCAAACCUCAUUAAACAGAGUUCCUUCUCUGAGUCAGUACAUUGUUCAACCCGUUUGUCCCCUGUGUUUCGUGACACUCCCAUGCAAUACUUACGUAGUAUGUGCUAGUACUUAUAUGAUUCAGUUACUACUAAUACUAUGUUUUUACUGUAAAACAGCAAAAUCCUUAGAAUAUGACAAUUCAGAGCCAUCCGUCCUCUGCAUGUGCUGAAUAAAAACUAAUUUCUGGGA